AUGGUCAAUAGACAAUCUCGAACGCUAGGUGCUUGCUGUGCAGAGUACGAGCGCCGAUAUGGCCGGAAACCUCCUCCAAAUUUUGAUAAGUGGUUUCAAGCUGCUCAGAGAGACAAUUUCUUGUUAGUGGACGAGUUUGACUCUAUGAUGUCAGUUUUGAAGCCCUUGUGGGGUGUUGCUCCAUCUGAUAUUCGCGCUCGUAUUGAAAACGUGAUUGAUGCUAGCCGAGGGGAAGGCAUGUAUCGGUUCACUGUUAACCAGCGUACAAGGCCCUCCUUUGACGAUCCUGCCACCUGGAUGCCGCAGAUUUUCAAUCCUUGGUUUAACUCGGAGGUCCUUGAAACCCUACCCAAUCUGACUCUUGCGAUGAACACCAUGGACGAGGCUAAGGUUGUUGUACCUCACGAUAUCCUGUCUCAUGCCUUAAAUGCUGCCAGUAAUAGGGACAAAACUCCAGUUUCCCCAGGAGUAAAUCCAGAAAUUGCCCAACAUGUCGACUUCUUGAAUAUUGGAAAGCAGGAUACUUGGGAUGCUUUGUCAUUAUCAUGUGCUCCUGACACGAUGGCGCGUGACUUUUCUUUAAAGGCCAAGCAUUCUCCUUUCCUGACCGAGAUGGGCUUUCUCUCCAAUGUAACAUUGGGAAAGGACGUUUGUCAAUUUCCCGAGCUUCAUAAAAUUCAUGCUGGUCUUCGUCAUCCAGAGUCAAUGACAAUCACCCAUUCCCUCGUCCCAAUCUUUUCUCAAGCAAAAGCUUCCUGUUUCAAUGAUAUGCUUUACCCAAGUCCAUUUUAUGCCGAGAAACUGCGAACGGGAGAAUACAAAGAAAGGGAAGAUAUGGACUGGGAAGAAAAAGACAAUAUUGUUUAUUGGACGGGGUCAAAUACAGGAGGCCACUCCACCUCCGAGAAUUGGCGGUCACUACAGCGUCAACGUUUAGCACUGAUGAUGAUGGACGAAAGCUAUCCAAUUGAUUUGCUGCUUCGACCCCAGCAACCGGCUAAACGAAAGCCAGAUUGGGUUCCAGUGACCUCCACUAUUGCGGCUAUCUCGAACUCUACCCGGGUGCGGAUUUCGGCCGCCAUUCAAUGUGACGAUCUAGCAUGCAUGGAACAGAAUGACGUUUUGCACAUUUUGGAUGGGGAAAGAGACGGUAUAGAUGAUGGAUAUAGAGCACGAUAUAAUCUCGACCUGGAUGGAAAUGGUCUCAGUGGGCGCUUCUAUCGCCUGCUGAUGUCUAAAUCGGCCGUGAUGAAGCAAACUCUUUACCAAGAGUGGCAUGAUGACUGGCUAAUUCCAUGGGUUCAUUAUAUACCGAUCAGCAUGGACCUUCGGGACUUCCCGGAAAUUGUUCGUUACUUCACGCAAGAGGAGGAGGGGCUGGCACUGGGCAAGAAGAUUGCUGAAAGCAGCUACCAGUGGUCGCGCCGUGUACUCCGCAGUGAAGAUAUGAGACUUUUCUGGUGGCGCCUCAUGUUGGAGUAUGGAAGAUUGGUGAACGAUAACCGUGAAUGA